AUGCGUACGUCACAAUGCGUACAUCACAAGGCGUCGCCGUCGCAUUACGGUAGCACGCCCGCGCUAGCGCUACGCCCGACGCUGUCGAACAGCUCACAUGGUUCUUCCUCUGGAUACGCCUACCACCAUCAGCAGCAGCAGCACUCCGCAGCGGCGUACUCGGUCGGCACGUUCCCGGUGACCAACUCGCAGCGGGAGAGGGAGAAGCUGUGGAAGAAGGGCUGGCUGCUGCAUAUGGGCGAAGGCGUGUUCGAGCUCGUCGAGGAGCCGGUUGCGUACGAGUAUCAGCCGAUGGCAAGGCCGGGGAAGACUUGCAGCUCCAGGAACGCCGCGACCGGGUCCUGGGAUGGCGGGUAUGCCCCUGAUAGCGUAUCCGAGCGCUGCGGACCCUCGAAAAAGUCGUCCCAGUUCUUCGCGACCGCCAGCGCCUUGCCCGCCGAGCGCGACUGGGGCGUGUGUGGUGCGUUCUUGUUUGGCGUCGAUGGCCCUGCCUCAGCCCAGCUCGCGAGCGCGAGCGGGUGCGAGAUGGAUCGUUGA